GAGUUCCUGGAGAAGAGCCAACGUAGACUGGCUGGUGACAAUGUUCCCUGGGAAGGAUUAGAUGCUUCUGGCAAGCGAGUGAUUAUUCUCGGUGGAGGCGAUACAGCAACGGAUUGUAUUGGAACUUGUAACAGACUGGGAGCAAAAUCGGUGCGAGCUUUUGAAAUUUUGCCUAAACCGGGAGAUAAACGUAAGCCUGAAAACCCUUGGCCGGAAUGGCCUGUGAUAUUCCGGGUGGACUACGGACACGAGGAGGUAAAAUUGAAAACCGGUCAAGAUCCCAGGACCUACUCGAUCUCGACGAAGGAGUUUGUUACCACGGAAAAUGCAGCUGGAAUAAAGGUUUUGGCAGGACUAAAAGUUGUCGAGGUUGAAUGGGAGAAGGAUGAAAAGGGUGCAUGGAAACUUAUCGAAAAGCCAGAUACAAUACAAGUGGUAGAUUGCGAUCUAUGUAUCCUUGCCAUGGGCUUUGUUGGUCCUGAAAAGACUGUUAUCGAGCAACUCGGCCUGAAAAUGGAUCCAAGAUCGAACAUCCUUACUCCGUUAAACAAGUACAACUCGGAUGUAGACAAGCUCGGUCUGAAAAUGGAUCCUAGGUCGAACAUUCUUACUCCCUUGAACAAGUACAACUCGGAUGUAGACAAGGUAUUCGCCGCUGGUGACUGUAGAAGAGGACAAUCGCUUAUCGUGUGGGCCAUCAAUGAAGGAAGACAAGCAGCCAGACAGGUUGGUAUUCUGUCUCUAUUUUACAUAGCAAAAAAUCAGUUUUGGUAUUCGCUUCAAAAAAAGUUUGUGCUCUUUCUCCCUCCUCCCCUUCUCCAAGUAAUUUUCGCGACCGCAGGCUGAUC